AUUAAUUAGAACUCCUCAAGAAGCGAAGCUUCACAGCUGUAUAAUCUCUCAAGUCACCUCAUCUCAUGUGACCACCUGCUGCUACUCUCUUAUUCUUAUUACUCGCUGCCUGCCUCUCAUCUCUAGCAUUGCCAUGGCAGCUCCGUCUCUUAACCUCCUCCUUACCAUUGUCUCUCUUCUCUUCAUUUCACUCCCGAGAUUUGAAUCUCUCCCCGAAAACCCUUCCGUGGUUCUCCUAGGCGACGGACUCGAAUGGGCGACCUCUCACGGCGACGCAUUCGACUUUGAAAGCUUUGAAGAUGCAGAAGAGGAAGAUGACGACGUCGGUGUUGCUGUUGCAGAUCGACGGUCAUUGUACUGGAAGAGGAGGAGAUACUACAUCUCGUACGGUGCAUUGUCAGCGAACAGAGUCCCGUGUCCUCCAAGAUCUGGAAGAUCUUACUACACUCACAACUGCUUCAGAGCUAGAGGUCCAGUUCAUCCCUACACUCGAGGCUGCUCCUCCAUCACUCGUUGCCGGAGGUAGAAACAAAACAUCUGCUCUGCUUUUGUCCGUCCCCUGGUAUUUUCGUAAUAUUGUUGUAAACCGUGAUUUAAUUACGUUCCUACAACUUAAUUAAGACAUAGGAUUAUUAUUAUUAUUAUUACAGUGCUAUUUCAAUGUAUCAAACAUUAUGGUGAUUACUGAGGUCACGUGGUUUUUGGGUUUGUAAUUUCGCCUACUGAACUUGUGUUUUUUGUCGGUUGGUUUUAAAUUAUUAUUUUUGUACUACUGUUUAUGAACUUAAAGUCACAUGUAUUUGGAUUUUUCUAUGUAUGAUAAUGUUCCCAACC